CAGGAUUCUCAUGGCUCGACGUGUGAACGCGGAAGUUUCAGGGGCGCGCACGUCUCGUGGCCGUAAAUACGUGGGUGGAGCGCGCCGGCGUUCUUUCUUUCUCUCGUCCUGAAGAUGGCGGCAGGGACUCUUUACACAUACUCAGAGAACUGGCGGGCCUUCAAGACCCAGAUCGCAGCCCAGUACAGUGGUGCUCGCCUCAAAUUGGCCAGCAGCCCUCCUGCCUUCACCUUUGGGCAGACGAACCGCACCCCUGCCUUCCUCAACAACUUCCCACUAGGCAAGGUACCUGCCUACCAGGGUGAUGACGGCUUCUGUCUGUUUGAGAGUAAUGCCAUUGCUCACUACUUGAGCAAUGAUGCCCUGCGUGGUGCCACUCCUCAGGCUGCUGCCCAGGUUUUGCAGUGGGUUAGCUUUGCUGACUCAGAGAUCAUCCCUCCAGCCAGUGCAUGGGUCUUCCCUACUUUAGGAAUCAUGCAGUUCAACAAGCAGGCGACAGAGCAGGCCAAGGAGGAUGUGAAGAAGAUCCUCACAGUGCUCAACCAACACCUGACCUUUCGCACUUUCCUUGUGGGGGAGAGGGUCAGCCUGGCUGACAUCUCUGUGGCCUGCUCCAUGCUUUGGCUCUUCAAACAGGUGUUUGAGCCGUCCUUCCGUCAGCCUUAUCCCAAUGUGACGCGCUGGUUUGUCACCUGCAUCAACCAGCCUCAGUUCAAGGCUGUUCUUGGAGAAGUCAAGCUGUGUGAGAAGAUGGCCCAGUUUGAUGCCAAGAAGUUUGCUGAGUUUCAGCCCAAGAAAGAAGCCCCUGCCAAAAAAGAAAAGGGUGGGAAAGAGGCAGCUAAACCCCAGGAGAAGAAAGAAAAGAAAAAGGAAGAGAAAAAGCCUGCUUCAGAAGAAGAAAUGGAUGACUGUGAUGCUGCUUUGGCUGCAGAACCCAAAGCCAAGGACCCAUUUGCACACCUGCCAAAGAGCGCAUUUAUCAUGGAUGACUUCAAGAGAAAGUAUUCCAACGAGGACACCUUGGCAGUAGCACUUCCUCACUUCUGGGAAAACUUUGACAGAGAAGGCUACUCCAUCUGGUACAGCCAAUACAAAUACCCUGAGGAGCUCACACUUACCUUCAAGAGCUGCAACCUUAUUACAGGCAUGUUCCAGCGCCUGGACAAACUGAGAAAGAAUGCUUUUGCCAGCGUCAUAUUGUUUGGUACCAACAAUGACAGCAGCAUCUCUGGUAUCUGGGUCUUCAGAGGCCAGGAGCUGGCCUUCACUCUGUCAGAAGACUGGCAAAUUGACUAUGAAUCGUAUGAUUGGAGAAAGUUGGAUCCGGACAGUGAGGAGUGCAAGACCAUGGUAAAGGAGUACUUUGCCUGGGAAGGAGAAUUCAAGCACGUGGGCCAAGCUUUCAACCAGGGCAAGAUCUUCAAGUAAAAGGACACCGAGGCAGUCGAAGUAAUACACUUAAAAAAAAAAAAAAAGAUGAACUUUCAGCCACGUGCUUACUUUGCUGCAAGAAUGACUUCAAAUGACAGUGUUUGAAGACAAGUGAAUUGUCUCAAGAGCCCCAAACUGAUUUUUUUCUGUUUGACUUGUGAAAUAAAACAUUUUCCUCAA